CUGUUGUUUGUAAUGCGACUCAUUGGGGAGGGGGACAUGGUAUAUUGCUGAAGCUUUCCUAUUAAAUUUAUCGCAUCAAAAUAUUGUAAUUAUUAUAAUUAGUCCAAAAUGAAAAUUCAUGUUACUUUGAUGAGAGCAGAUUAGCUCAGUUGCUAAACUGGUAAUAGUCAAUGUAUGUGCGCUGAACCGUAGAAAUUUAUUUAUUGUUUUGUUUUACUGGAUUGCAUUUUCAGUAGCAUACAGUAGUACGCCUUUUCAAAAUGGUCCAGUUACAAGUUAUGAUUAAAGAUUCUCCAUCGUCAUGUAUCAACUGGCAAUCUUUCAAUGAGUUCUUGCAAGAGGAGAAUGAGUUGCAACAAGUCUCUCUCUUAAAGAAGUUUGGCUCUGGAUUAAGAAAGCUGGUUUGUCCGGGAUUUGAAGAAUCGCACUUGGAAGAUUUGAUUGGCAUUCUCGCAGACAUUCAUAUUAAUGCACAAGCUCGCUGUGUGCUUCGUAGGACCAUUGUUAGGUACAGAAGGCUGGAUCGAGGCAGUUCUUGUUUUUGUGUUCUUCAAAGCCUACCAGAUACUUUGCAUGGAUGCAUUAUAAAGUCAUUGCAGACUGCAUUGACCAAUCACAUUGCCUCCUGUGACCAAAGUGACCAAUCAUCAUGCAGAGUCAGGAUAGAUACUUUGCAGUCAUUGAUGGAGAACUUCAGUCUUGGAGAAGCCGCUCUGAAGGCAACUCUUCAUCCAGUCAUUGCUAUACUGGAAGAUGUUCUUCACUCCAUUGUUGCAAGAAUAAGAGAUAAUACUGAAAAGACUGCUGUUGGACUGAGUGAAAUGAUGCAUCAUUGCCUAGCAAUAGUGAAGACCACAAGAGUUUUAGUCCGUAAAUGUUAUUCAGAGUUACGUGAUGAAGUAACCAACAUUGACAGCAAGAUGAGGAGCCGCAUCCAAAACAUAAGAAAUGAUGCCUGUCAUAUUUUAAAAGAUGGUCUAUUUUUCGCCGAUUGUCAAAAUGCAGCCGGUAUGAUACUUAUUCAAAUCAUGCUACUACUGGCUGAUCAAAAGCUGCCCGCAAAAGAAAUCGCUGAUGAGCUUUGUAUUGAGACACAAAAGUCAACAGUUAUUAUUGAGUUUCACUACCUUCCGCCACUGUCCAAGCUGUUUGUCUGCCAAGGUGUAUUGGCAACUGUACCGAAAGAUCAGUUGACAAGGCAUCUUGUUGGUGAUGUUUCUCUUUUGGAAAUGAUGUUUCAACAGAUCUGGUGUCUAGUGAGUGUAUUAAUGGAAUCGUUCUCUGCUCUCUCUGUUGCCCGAGCAUUUGCAUUAUGGACAACUUGUGCAAUAUCGUAUGUGGAAACUGAAGUUGACGAUCUCAACGCAUUGAAAGCAUUCACUGGUUACCAGGAUAUCCCACAAAAAUUGUUAGAAUAUUCAUGGACAAACUGGGAUCAUCCUAUAGACUGCAUGAGGCAUCAAGUGAAUAGUAUUUUUGGAAACAUUAUAAAACUUCACCGAAAGUCAGCUGGAUAUAGUGGGAAUGCAGACUACAACGAUGAUGCCUUCAUUUGCGAUGUCUUACAAAAGAUCCUUUCAAGUGACCACCAUGUCCGUGGGAAAUACUCAUUCCUUGCCUGUAUGGUAGACAACAUCGGUGCAGAGUUAAUUUUAAAACGGAAUCCAACAUUACCAACUGAACUUUACAUCUGCAUUAUGGAUCAAAAUCUUUCACCUUGUGUGGGCAAUCUUGUUGAUGUGAUGGCUAAGGACCACUUAAAACAAAUGAUUGAUAGCAGCAGUGAUGAUUGGCAUUUCACCUGGAUUGACAGCCUCCUGCAUGCACUGCACACCUGUCCACCAAUUCAACAUAAAUCAUACAUCAUGCAGGUGACACUUCCAAAACUUAUGAAAUGUAAUCCUUCAAGUGUCCAGUACAUUAUUGAAACACUGCAGAGUAGUAAGUGGGAACACCUGGAUGUCCAGGGCAUAAAGUCCCCGGAUGUUAAGUUAUCAAAGCCUAUGGUUCCCCAAAUCAUAUCACCCCUGGAUACCCAAGGCAUGAUGCCCCUGGAUGUAAGAGAGACCGAUCUUCUGAAUGCUGAGAAAAAGAGACCCGAAAAUGUUCAGGGCAUGAGACCUCUUGAUACUCAGGGCUCAAAACACAUAAAUGCUCAAUCUUCAAAGCCCCUGGAUAUGCAGGGCAGCUGGCCCCUGGAUGCUCAGGCCUCAAAGUCCCUGGAUUAUAAGGGUAUGCGGCUCUGCAUGCUCAUGACGUGUUUAAAGACAGCUAGGGCCUCAAACAUUACCAUUACUGAGUUUGAAGAUGAUGAACAAGGUGACAAGAUGUGGCAUGGACUUGUUGGAAGAACAACGAUCAGACAAGCUUUGUGUCACAAGAACAAUCAGGUUCGUCUAGAUACGUUUGCUUUGAUUUGCGAUACAAAGAAAACUGCAGAAGUCUUGACUGAUUGCGAUUUUGAUCUGAUUAAAUUCUUUCUACCGUACAACCUGAGCAGCCCCUUACCAUCCUUUAGGCAGCAGUUGAUGAUGUUAAUAAAAAAGCUUCUAAUAAGGCUACAAGACAGUGGCAGACUCCAUUACAAGAACUCUAAGACAACAAACUGCCCCAGCCAAUCAGAGGCAGCCAACAGGAUACAUGCAUAUAAGGGCUUUCUGGAUUGGUUUGUUGAGCUGCUGUUUUCAGGAUUACAGUCUGGUUCCUGUUACUCAACCAGGGUUUCAUCACUCUCGGCUCUGUCAAUUUUGAGCAAAUUUCAGUCUGAUACGUUUGCUUUGAUUUGCGAUACAAAGAAAACUGCAGAAGUCUUGACUGAUUGCGAUUUUGAUCUGAUUAAAUUCUUUCUACCGUACAACCUGAGCAGCCACUUACCAUCCUUUAGGCAGCAGUUGAUGAUGUUAAUAAAAAAGAUGUGUAUAAGAGACAGGGGCAAUCUUGUUGAUGUGAUGGCUAAGGACCACUUAAAACAAAUGAUUGACAGCAGCAGUGAUGAUUGGCAUUUCACCUGGAUUGACAGCCUCCUGCAUGCACUGCACACCUGUCCACCAAUUCAACAUAAAUCAUACAUCAUGCAGGUGACACUUCCAAAACUUAUGAAAUGUAAUCCUUCAAGUGUCCAGUACAUUAUUGAAACACUGCAGAGUAGUAAGUGGGAACACCUGGAUGUCCAGGGCAUAAAGUCCCCGGAUGUUAAGUUAUCAAAGUCUAUGGUUCCCCAAAUCAUAUCACCUCUGGAUACCCAAGGCAUGAUGCCCCUGGAUGUAAGAGAGACCGAUCUUCUGAAUGCUGAGAAAAAGAGACCCGAAAAUGUUCAGGGCAUGAGACCUCUUGAUACUCAGGGCUCAAAACACAUAAAUGCUCAAUCCUCAAAGCCCCUGGAUAUACAGGGAAGCUGGCCCCUGGAUGCUCAGGCCUCAAAGUCCCUGGAUUAUAAGGGUAUGCGGCUCUGCAUGCUCAUGACGUGUUUAAAGACAGCUAGGGCCUCAAACAUUACCAUUACUGAGUUUGAAGAUGAUGAACAAGGUGACGAGAUGUGGCAUGGACUUGUUGGAAGAACAACGAUCAAACAAGCUUUGUGUCACAAGAACAAUCAGGUUCGUCUAGAUACGUUUGCUUUGAUUUGCGAUACAAAGAAAACUGCAGAAGUCUUGACUGAUUGCGAUUUUGAUCUGAUUAAAUUCUUUCUACCGUACAACCUGAGCAGCGACUUACCAUCCUUUAGGCAGCAGUUGAUGAUGUUAAUAAAAAAGCUUCUAAUAAGGCUACAAGACAGUGGCAGACUCCAUUACAAGAACUCUAAGACAACAAACUGCCCCAGCCAAUCAGAGGCAGCCAACAGGAUACAUGCAUAUAAGGGCUUUCUGGAUUGGUUUGUUGAGCUGCUGUUUUCAGGAUUACAGUCUGGUUCCUGUUACUCAACCAGGGUUUCAUCACUCUCUGCUCUGUCAAUUUUGAGCAAAUUUCAGUCUGGAUGUAGUUGGUAUGGUGACAGUAUUAUAUUCAGUCCCAAAAAUGUUAAGCUUCUUCUAAGAUGUUUUACUGACCCUUAUGAAAGUAAUAAGGUCAUGGCCUUUAACCUCUUGGUUCCACUUACUCAAAAACAGCUUGGAAUGCAGGACCUUGGACGGCUGAAUACCUUAUAUAAAGUUGCUAUUGAGCUUGGAUGCAGCACACGUCCGCACAAUUGCGAGACUGCUUCGUUCAUGCUACGGUUCCUCAGCAGACAGCUUGAACCUGCUAUUAAGCAUAGCUCCAGUUACCAUGACAAUUUACAAGGCAUUGUGGGAGAUAUGCUUAAUUCCUUAUCAGAGCAAGUGGAGGUUGCGAACAGAAGGUUGAUAGAAGCGGCAGGGACAAGACCGAUGUACGGUGUUCUUCAUUGUGUACGAGAGCUAAUAGAAGACGUGAAUUUUCAUGAGCUUACUGUAUCAGUGACUGCCAAGUACAAGCAGCUUAUUGAUAAAUUGUUGUUGAUGUGUUACCAAGUGGCUGAGGUUGUUUCUCCUGUAGUGUGCAAUUCAUCACCAGAGGGAUAUCAUCCAGCCAAUCAGGAGCGAGAUGGUUCAGAUGUUCCACAGAUUGAUGAUGUUGCAGCAGUUGAACCGACCUUUGGGUCAAAUGUGUUAAAUGUGACUCCGCAAGCACUAUUGGUCUGUUGCUGGCGUAGCAUGAAAGAGGUGUCGCUGACGUUAGGCAAGAUAUCGCAACAGCACGAAAAAAGCCAGACACUUUUGAGUCAACAACAAUCCAUCUGUUAUGGUCCAUUUGAGCUACAUGGCCUGUCCAAUCCCACUUGA